AUUUCAGGUGUGGGAGUUCCAGGAAGUGUUUGUAUCACUGUACAGCUACAUAGCUAGAGUUUGAAAGAGAGACGUAAUGUCAGAAGACAGUGGAGUUCGUUAUUGUGAGAGAUUUUCCUAUAUCUUUUUAAAAUUUACUCUCAUCGUCUAUUCUACUAUCUUUUGGUUGAUAGGAGGUUUUAUCCUUGCCAUUGGGAUCUAUGCAGAGGUUGAAAGGCAGAAGUACAAGACCCUCGAGGGGGCUUUCCUAGCUCCAGCCAUCCUCCUGAUCUUGCUGGGCAUCAUCAUGUUCAUAGUGUCCUUCAUCGGGGUGCUGUCUUCACUGCGGGACAACCUGUGCCUUCUUCAGGUGUUUCUGUAUACUCUCACAAUUUGCCUGAUUCUUGAACUUUUGGGUGGCGUUUUGGCUCUCGUCUUCAAAAACCAGACUUUGGAGUUUCUGAACGACAACAUUCGGAAUGGCAUUAAAAACUACUAUGACGACCUGGACUUCAAGAAUAUUAUGGAUUUCGUUCAGAGAAAGUUCAAAUGUUGCGGUGGAGGGGACUUCAAAGACUGGGAAUCGAACAUGUAUCACUCUUGUAAAGCGCCAGGACCCCUAGCCUGUGGGGUGCCCUACACCUGCUGCAUACAGAACACGACAAAUACAGUUGCCAACACGAUGUGUGGAUACAAUAUCCUUCAGAAAGAGCGCCUUGAUUUACUCUACAUUAUCCAUGUGCGAGGGUGCACGGACGCAGUCUUCAUCUGGUUUAUGGAUAACUACAGCAUCAUGGCAGGAAUUCUGCUUGGCAUUCUCUUACCACAGUUGUUUGGUGUUAUAAUCACCUGGCUGUAUAUCACUCGAGUGGAGGACGCCAUCAGUGAGCACGGGAACUACAUGGAUGGGCUGCUGGAGGCAGCACCAGGAAGAAGCGGCCCGUCCAAAUCCAAGACCGGUGGGUGCUGGAUGUGUUUGCCAGACAGUGACUAAGAGGCUGAGCCAGUCAUUGCUCCAUGGCAACAGCAUCACCUGAACGUACGUCUUUCCAAAUACAUUUCGUUGUUACAUUAGUGCUUUAAUCAAUUUUAAUUUUGCUUCAAAAUAAAAAUGUAUUUGGUGGAUAUUUAUGUAGCCUGACUAAAUAAUCAGAAGAUGAGACGCAAAACCGAGGUUCUGUUGUAAGUGACUCUGCAAAAUCAGCAGUUGUUGAUAAUGCGUAGUUCACCCCCUAGUCUCUGUAAGUCGCUUUGGAUAAAAGUGUCUGCUAAAUGAAUUCAUACAAGAUUCAGCCUCUUCUGUUGGUUAAACUAUUACAUCCAAGCAUCUACCAAAGUCUGUUUUAUUUUAAAAUUAAAUUUUAAAAGGUUAUUAGACCUCACAAAUAUGUGGAUAUUAGCCGAUAUUUGGACCUGGAAUGUGUUAUUGCGCUUAUCCAGUAUUACAGUAGUUAUCAGAGUAUACUGUAAGGUUCGACUGUUUAUAACACACAAUACUAGAGUGAGGACUGGUAAUGUGCCCUGUGAAAAUAAACACAUUUUAUAGAAAAAGGAACAAGCAAAAUUUAUUUUUGAAAAAAGUUUGCAGUUGGAAGCCAAAAAGAUUCUGUCCUAUGCUCUGUUCAAUGCAUGUUAUCAAACAGUGGUACUAAUCUGUAUACACUGCUGUGUUGUGGAGAAAGACGUGGUACGUGAUUAUUGUGGAAUCGCUAUUGUUAACUGUAUUCUAAAUUACAUGGAAGCCUUAAUGAAUUGUUAACAUCCUUUGAUUUUCUAAGAUUCUCACUAUUCACGAAUACAGUCUUAGUUUUUGUGAUAUAAGUUAAUACAUAAAUCAUUUCAAACAUCUCCUAUAAGAGAGACAUAUUUACUUGAAUAAUUGCAAAUUGUAGUGGGAAUUCUGUGAAUGAAUUUAUAUUAAAUCUGCUGAGCAUUAAAUUGCAUGCUCAAGCCCCUCUCCCUCAGCUCUGUUACUGAAACAUCUAAUGUGGUGCGGGUACACUGAACCAUGCACAUCAUACGAGUGAAAAAUGUUGUUGUUGUUAUUAUUAACCUUGAACCUUAGUAAUAAAAAAAAUGCAAUUAUGUUUAGGAAAAUACAUGUGCCCAAUCAACAGUACUAAACAUAAUUGCCUUUUUAAAAUGAUUAUUAUGGUUCAACAGUACAACGAUAAUGUCAUGAAAAAUCAAGGGGUGUUCACCAAUAUGUGGGGUUUUCUUUUAAUAGGUGUAAAGGUAUGUGGUUUAUUUCUUUGAAAUUUAUGAGUUGUAAUUGGUUUUUAUUUGACUUGAAGCUGUAUAUUGUACUUUAUUAUAACAUUUCUGGGUAAGCUUAACAGUGAGCUUUCAUGUGCCUUCAAAAUAGUCUUUUCAUUGGCCUGUAUGUUGCCCUUAAUGCAUAACUAUUCGUAUUUUACAGGGAUUGUGCCUGAUAUUAAUAUACUGGCUCUUGCUGCUAUAAAGAUACAUUUGCUGAUGUAGCCUACGUAACAUGUCUAUGACAGGCAACUAGAAACAUCAUAAACCUGAAUCUAUUUUUUUCUUAACCAAUAAACAAAAGAUGUAAUACAUAAAAAUGUUCUGAACAUGUCGUGCUGUUGAUCAGUGAAUUUCACUAUAACCACCUCUCAGGUAAAACAAAUGAUGAAAUAUGCUGUAAAUCUUAACACUGAAACUCUUGAUUUUCACAAAAUGCAGCCCAUACAGGCAGUCAGUGCAGGUGCACACACAGUGUAUAGGUGUCCUAUAGACUACAUGGUUCUUAAUGAUCCAUGGGCUUAGUCCUGAAAUCCUGUUACUAACAGUCUGUCAAGUUGCUUUGCAGCUAUGGCUGCAUGCAUAUCUUUAGUUAGAAGCAUGUAUGAGAUUAAAUAAAUAUAUUGCACGUAAUUACAAACACCCAAGAAUGGGGGUGCACAUGAUUUACCCUACAGAUCAGUCGCUUUCUUGUCAUCUCUGCCUCCUACGGAUAAUAAGUUGAGUGCAGACGUGAUACAAAGACAGGCAGCUGUGUGCAUUAUCUCUUCAUGUUAGCUCCCUUCAUCCUGAGCUCAGCUGCGGCUCUUUUUAAAGGAGUAGAUCUCUUCUAGCUAAAGGCCUUUUUUUAGUUUUGGUUUUUAUUUUAUAUACAAUUUCAUGGGAAUUUGAGCGUUUCCUUAAAAAAAUGAAUACAAGUGAAAAUAAUACAUUUCCCAGUUUUCUGGGUAAAAAUUGGCGGUAAUAAUCUGGGGAAAAGCAGCCUUCUUUGUUAAUGCAAACUGUGUAAAGCUGAUGAAGUUAACCUACGUUCGUUCCUAUAGUUCGGUAUGUUAAACAGAGCCCCAUAUUGCCUUAAAAAUAAGUAUUUUAUCUACUAAAUAUGAAGUCGUGGAUUAUCUUGGCGUAAAUCAGUAUUUUCACCUGCUUGGGUGAAAAUGUGGGUUAAUGUACUUAAGAAUCCAACACAGUGGGCAUUGCUUACGUAAUGGACCAUGGGUACGGUCUUAGUACUCUUGUGGAUUUGAGAAUGCUGCACUUUGCUGCACUUUGUCUCUCUGAAUUCAAUAAGUAAGCUUCCCCAUUAUUUCUGGCCCAUUUCCUGAAAUUAAAGUUGUAUCCCUAACGCUCAUCAUCUUUACUAUUGCACUUUGUGUGGGAUGCACUGGUUUCUCAUUGUCACUUAUGGUACUAUGCUGUAGACAUGUGUAAUAUACUCAAAUUACUUGGCUUGAAGCAUCCCACAGAUCUGACAUUUGUAUAAUACCAGCCUCUAGGUACUUCAGACAGCCAAUACGCAAUCCAUCUUUCCCCUGGAGACCUGGGUCUGAAUCCGACUCUCAAGUGAAAUGACUUUGCCCCUGUGGACAUUAGUCCACAUCACAAAGCCAAUACACCCCAGGUUUGGUACAAUUGGAUGUCUGGUGUAACUAAUUGCUGUGGCUCACUGUUGACGAGCACGAAAUUCACAAGUCCCACAAUUUAAAAAAUAAAUGAUACUUUUAUACUCAGUUAAACCAUUCAAUGAUUUUCGUGAGCAGCUUCAAAGAACUGCAGUGCUGUUGCACACAAAGUGCAAUAUAUAUAAUAUAUAUAUAUAUAUAUAUAUAUAUAUAUAUAUAUAUAUAUAUAUAUAUAUACUUUACACACACACUAAGAUGAUGCCUCUAUGUAUUACAUAUGUAAGAUGUGCAGUACAAUUUAUUAAAAACCUAGAAAGUAAUCAUUUUAUUUCAAGAACAGAUGAUGAGUGGCUUUACACAGGAAUGGUUUAAAUAAUAUUUUAAUAAUAAUAAUACUAAGUGUUACCAGGAUUUUAAUAUAACAAAUUAGAAACUUAAAUUAACCAGAUGUAACAAUAUUGUGUUUGUGAUAGCAUAUGCUGUUUAUUAAAUACAACAGUGUGAACUUGUAGUUAUUAAGUUCGAACACGCUUCAACUAAGCCAAAAAAAGUGUGUUUGUUCCUAGCAUAUUUCACUGUUCAAAUUAACCAAAUAUCUGUAAUAACAUGUGUAAUAUAUUGGGGUCUAGUUAAUGAAGUGUUAUAAAAUGUAGUGGCCUUAAGGGGAACAAAUGAUGUCAGAGACAUUGUGAUGGAAAUGUUUGCCCUGCAAACACAUGAAGAAAGUGCCCACGCCUUCACACACCCCUGGAAUCAAAGGGAUGCUCACCAAUGUGCUUCACACAGUUCCUCUGUGGAAGGUUUCAAACAGUCACAAUCGUUGCCUUGCCUUUUGCACUGUGCAUAGUGACUUUAUGAAUGCCCUGUGUUUUUGUCACCACCUGUAUAGAUUCAUGUUUUACCAGGUAUUUAUUCUUAUUUUUCCCAUAUAUACUCUUUUUAAAAAUCACAUGCAUGUGUCAAUGUCUUUGUUUUGAAACAGACAUUUUGUCGAAGCGUUUGAAUAUUUUACCUCCAAAUUUGUGUAUUUAAAGGUAUGGAUAAACCUUUUCUAUGCUUGUUUAUAUCAGAAGUUUAUUUUUUAUAGGUUAAUUUUUCUUAAAGGUACAUAUAAUAGUGUUGUCCACCAAGUAUUGACUUCCUAUUUGAUUGAACAGUAGUGUAAAACAUCUGAAAUUAUAAAGUGAGAUAGUUAUAAAAAAAAAAAAGUAAAAUAGUAAUUUUAGUUGUUGAAUUAAAACAAAUGUGUAUAUCAUAACAAAUAUGCAGGAAAUUAAACACAUGAUACAAAUUCAAAUGUUUUACCAAUAAAUCAAAGCAAAACUGAUGUGUAUGAAGUACAACUGACAUAUCCCAAGUAAUGUUAAUAUCAAUAUAAAUUGGAAUAUUUAGGAUUUAAAACAUAGGAGGGUAUCAAUAAUGCUGUCUGUUCAAAUACAUUGCAAAGGAGGGGAUACUGUAAUAACGUAAACAGCUGCAGAUUAAAAUGCUGCCUCCCUUGUACUCUAUAUUAAACUAUCUGGUAUUGUACACCAGGAUUAUCACAAAAUAUUAUAGUAUAGUGUACUAUACAACAGCUGGUCACUUCUCUCCUAUUGUUUUCCAUGGAGGUCUCCUGUUCUAUUACGCAGUAACGGAACAACAAAUAAGGACCAGGUGAGGAGAUGCCACUAAUUAAUGACACCUGUUCUAAAACCACCUCUUCACACUUGAACCCUGCUCUUUCAGUGGAUUAUAAUGAUUAGUUCAGACACCCAAAGGUAAAUACACUACAGAAAUCAUUUUAAAAAGGUAGCAUUGCUGUGGUGUGUUACAAGGUAAUAAUGGAACUCAAGUAAUAGUAGGAUAGUGUAUAUGGUUUAAGCCUGUAAUUCUGUGUUUGUUUGGUUCUUAUUUACAGUCUUAGGGUGACUGCCCUUUUCUCUUAGUUUUAUGGGUGUAAGUGAUUUUUUUUCUGUAUUCUGUUGUG